UUAAGACUUUUGAGGUUUUUCACCAGCAAAAUAAACAAAACCGUACCCAUCCAAAACCUUGAGAUCUCCAAAAAUGGCAACGACCAACAACAACAACAUUGUAGUGGGAUGCAUAAACUUCACAGCAAUGCUCCUCUCAAUCCCCAUAAUCGCCUCCGGCAUCUGGCUCUCAUCCCACCCCGACAACCUCUGCGUCAACAUCCUACAAUGGCCGCUCAUAAUCAUAGGCGUCAUCGUCCUCGUAAUCUCUCUCGCCGGCGUUGUCGCCGGAUUCUGGAGAAUCAGCUGGCUUCUCAUCUUCUAUUUCGUCGCCAUGCUUGCCGUCAUCGUCUUGCUGGGUUGCUUGGUGGGUAUGGUGUAUUGGGUCACCUUGAAAGGCUCCGGCCACCCGGAACCUAGCCGGACGUUCUUGGAGUACCGCCUAGAAGACUACUCCGGCGGGCUCCGGCGGUGGGUUCAGAGGAACCGGAAGUGGGAUGGGAUCAGAAGCUGUCUUAGAUCGUCGAGUAUGUGCGCUGAGUUGAAUCAGAAUUACCGAUUGGCUCAAGAUUUCUUCAAUGCUCAUAUUACCCCCUUGCAGUCGGGAUGCUGUAAGCCGCCGACAGAAUGCGGGCACACAUUCGUGAACCCGACAUAUUGGAUCAGUCCGAUAAACAUGGCGGCCGACAUGGAUUGUCUGCAGUGGAGCAACGACCAAACGCAGCUCUGCUAUUCCUGCGAAUCCUGCAAAGCCGGUUUGCUAGCAAAUCUGUACAAGGAAUGGAGAAGAGUGGAUAUCAUUCUAGGGAUCACUCUUGUCGGCCUCAUUUGCGUUUAUCUCACCGGUUGUUGCGCCUUUAGACGUGCCAAAACUCGAGACCUCACCCGCAAAUACAAGCAAGGUAGUAGUAAUGAUAGUUAGAUAGCAAUGGAGAAGUUGUAGUAUAAUACUUGGGGUUUGGUAUUAUCUUAACCUAAUUUGAUGGUAAGUUAUAUUUUAAAAUGUAGCAAGUUUUGUGUGUUAGUUAAAUAAUUGGUUUGUUGGUUUGAGUCGAUAAGGUUAUCGGUGGAUGGCAGUGAGACUAGAGCCAAGACUAUACCCCAUCCUUGUUCAGAAAUAGAAAUUUCUUCCUGUCUCUCUUUCUGGUCAACCCUAUAGUCAAACUAAUAGUUUAGUACGAUUUUAAAUAUUUUAAUAAAAACUAUAAAUAUAAAUAUAAAAAUUUAAAUUUAAAUAUUAGUUUAGUAUUAUAAGUCUUUAAUAUUUCAUAACUUCAUUGAAAAAAAAAAGAUAUUAUUUUUCUUUAAAUAAAUGUACCCGAGAUGGGGCAAGACUAGGGUAGGGAGGAGUGUCCACGUCCCAUAUGUGUUUCCCAUUAUCUUCGUCCUUGUUAGAGUGGGGAUCGGAGGCCUUGAGGGAUCGUGAGAAAAUUGUCAUCCCUAACCUCAUAUGUGUAUUUGACUUUCAACCGUUUUUUUAGAGUACUAUUGACUCUAUUACAAUGUAGUAUUUAUACUUUCUCAA